GCAAAGUCUCCUGUUGCACGGCGAAGCCUCCUACCCGAUGGAAGACCCUGUGAUCCGCAUACCCCCCUACCACUAUGUCCACGUGCUGGACCUCAACAGUAACGUCACUCGUGUGGAGGUUGGGCCCCACACCUACAUCAGGCAGGACCACGAGAGGGUGGUGUUUGCGCCCAAACGCAUGGUGAUGGUGCCCCCCCGCCACUACUGCGUGGUGCUCAACCCCGUGGCCCGGAGCCCUACGGGGGCUGUGCUGGUGGAUGGCGCAGGACAGGUCCGUCUGCGGCACGCUGACCUCGACGUCCGCCUGGCCCAGGAGCCCUUCCCCCUGUACCCCGGCGAGGAGCUCCAGCAGGGUGUCACCCCACUGCAGGUGGUGCUGGCUGACACCGCCCUGCGCCUUCGGGCCCUGCUUGACUUUGAGGACGAGGAUUCCAACAAGUUCGUAGCAGGCGACGAGUGGCUCUUCGAGGGUCCUGGUACCUACAUCCCCCGCAAGGAGGUGGAGGUGGUGGAGACGCUGCAGGCCACUGUCAUCGGGCACAACCAGGCCAUCCGCCUGCGGGCACGCAAGGAGUGCCUCGACCGUCAGGGCAUCCGCCGCGUCACAGGGGAGGAGUGGCUGGUGAAGCGGGUGGGUGCCUACCUGCCCGGUGUCUACGAGGAGGUGGUCGACGUUGUGGACGCCUACGUCCUCACCGACAAGAAAGCCCUGCACCUGCGAGCCGUACGGACCUUUGAGGAUGCACAGGGCCGGGUGCGCCGCACGGGUGAGGAGUGGCUGGUGACGCAGCAGCAGAGCGAGGCCUACGUCCCAGAGGUGUUCGAGGAGGUGGUGGCUGAGGUGCAGGUGACGACACUGGGUCCCCGGCAGUACUGCGUGGUGCUCGACCCCGUGGGGCCCAACGGGCAGCCCCAGUUGGGCCAGCAACGUGUGAUCAAGGGGGAGAGGUCCUUCUUUCUGCAACCAGGCGAGCGGCUCCAGGAUGGCAUCCAGGAUGUCUUUGUGCUCUCUGAGGAUGAGGGGCUACUGCUUCAGGCGCUCCAGACGAUCAAGGACACCAGUGAGGAGGGGACAGAGGUGACACGGCGCGCAGGUGACCGCUGGCUGGCCCGGGGCCCCCUCGAGUACGUGCCGCCCGCCGAGGUGGCUGUGCUGGAACGUCGCCAGGCUGUGGCCCUAGCUGACAACGAGGGCAUUUACGUGCGCGACAUCCGCACUGGCAAGGUGCGGGUGGUGACGGGCCAGACCUACAUGUUGACGGAGUCCGAGGAGCUGUGGGAGAAGGAGCUGCCCCCUGGGGUGGAGGCACUGCUGGCCGAAGCCCGUGGAGACCGCACUGGCCUGGAUGCUGGGGUCCCCUCCUCCUCGAGCCCGGAUGCUGAGGUCCAGCACCGUGACCGUACCCGUGCCGUCACCUACCAGGUGCCCCACAACGCUGCUGUGCAGGUCUACGACUACCGCGAGCGGCGGGCACGGGUGGUGCUGGGCCCUGAACUGGUGGUGCUGGGUCCUGGGGAGCAGCUGACGGUCCUGUCCCUCUCAGCAGGCCGCCCCAAGCGGCCCCAUGCCCGACGCAGCCUCUGCCUCCGCCUUGGCCCUGACUUCUGUGCUGACAUCGUGACCAUCGAGACUGCUGACCAUGCCCGCCUCCAGCUCCAGCUGGCCUACAACUGGCACUUCGAGGUACCAGAAGAACCGAAAGAUCUGGGGCGCCUCUUCAGUGUCCCUGACUUUGUGGGUGAUGCCUGCAAGGCCCUGGCCUCCCGUGUGCGUGGUGCUGUUGCUGCCGUCACCUUUGAUGACUUCCACAAGAACUCAAAUCGUCUCAUCUGCUCAGCUGUGUUUGGCUUCGAUGAGAGUGGGCGUUUGCGGGAGCAGCUCCGCUUUGCCCCCAAUGGGCUGGUGGUGACAAGCGUCGACAUCCAGAGUGUGGAGCCUGUGGACCAGCGCACCCGCGAUGCCCUGCAGCGCAGUGUCCAGCUGGCUAUCGAGAUUGCCACCAACUCCCAGGAGGCUGCUGCUAGGCAUGAGGCAGAGCGCCUAGCGCAGGAGGCCCGAGGACGCCUGGAACGACAGCGCCUCCUUGACCAGGCUGAGGCUGAGCGGGCACGCAGAGAACUGCUGGAGCUCGAGGCUCUCAGCGCAGCGGUGGAGAGCGCGGGGGUGGCACGCGCAGAGGCUCAGGCCCGGGCAGAGGCUGCCCGCAUCGAGGGCGAAGCGGCCAUCCUCCAGGCCAAGCUCAAGGCUGAGGCUAUCGCCAUAGAGACGGAGGCGGAGCUGAAGCGGCUGGAGCAGGUGCAGGCGCAGGAGGUGCAGGCGCAGCGGGCGCGGGCGGAGGUGGAGGCGGCACGGGCACAGGCGCUGGCGGAUGUGGAGGCCUCGCGGGUGCGGGAGGUGGCCAAGGCCCUGGGUCCCGACACCAUUCGGGACAUCGCCCGGGCUGGGCCUGAGCUGCAGGUGAAGCUGCUGCAAGGCCUGGGACUCCAGUCGACCCUCAUCACCGAUGGUGCUGCACCCCUCAACCUCUUUACCACCGCCCGGGGGCUGCUGGGCCUGGCAGCUCCUCCAGAAAACUCCAAUUCCCAAGCCUCUGCCCUCUGAGGACCCAGGCAUUUGGGCCUUCCCCAGAGACCUGGGUGUCCUGAGCAGCUGGAACCUCCCAUCCCUCUUCAUGUGUUUCCUUUUCUCAGAAUAAAGCAAAUAGAUUGCAGCUGUAAA